AUGGCCCACCAAGAAGAGUUGAGAGUUCCAUAUUGGCUCCCGAGGCUCGUGGGAAAGCCGAAUUGGGUGAGCUGGCGAAAAAACCUUGAAGAGGCGAUUUACGAGGUUGACCAUACUGGCACAUACUGGGAUAUCAUCAUGGACAGACCGUCAGAUGAUAUCAAGAAAGAACCCGAAAUCUCCGAACGCAAAAGUUUAACAAAGCCGGAACCGCUUUUUUGCUCCGCCAAUGAGUCCGACACUGAUUCCGAUGUGGUGAUCACAGGAAUCUCCUGCAAUGGUUCCUCUAACGAGGAGGGGGGUCUCAAUCCCGCAACCGACGCGUGUUAA